UUGGAGUGGUGACACAACAGUAGAGUGAGUUUGCGUCAUAAAAUGAAUAUAUAAGUACGGUAUUAUAUGUACUGAUACAUAAAUGACAUACUAUCAAAAAACCUUCAUUACAUACAAAUUAUUCCACUAGAAUUUAUCUUUAGGUCGAAGGUCAGGAACAAACUAAAAUUUAAGUGUAAAGUGCGGCCGCGCAUUUAUUAUUUAAAAUACUUAACUGUAAUUUUUACCAUCACUAGAGACAAUUGUCAGCGAUGCAAUUGCGCUCUUGCCGGUCAAAUUUUCUAUAAUAAUAAUAAUUACUAAGACUGGAAUUUACCAAAACGCACAGAUAAUAAAAUGGUCCGUAUUUCGAGCAUCGUCAGGGCCGCGGCUCUCCGCGCUGUCAUUAUCGGAGCACCAGGUUCUGGAAAAGGAACUGUGUCAUCUAGGAUUGUUAAAGAUUUUGGGGUUAGUCAUAUAUCUACUGGAGACAAACUUAGGGACCACGUGACACGUGCUACUGACUUAGGUAAACAAGCAUCGAAAUUUAUGAAUGAAGGAAGUCUGGUACCUGAUGAAUUAAUUAUCGAUCUUGUUGCUCAUGAAAUUAAUGCUGUCAAUGGCGCUAAUUAUUUACUAGACGGAUUUCCAAGGACAAUAGAACAAGCAAAAAAAUUACAAGAUAAGUUUCCAGUUAAUUUAGUAUUAAAUUUAAUAGUACCGCAUGAAGUUAUUAUUGAACGUGUACGUAAUAGAUGGGUUCAUUUACCUAGUGGACGAGUUUAUAAUAUUGGUUUCAAUGAUCCUAAAGUACAGGGCAAGGAUGAUGUUACUGGUGAACCAUUGAGCCAAAGAAUCGAUGACCGACCAGAAGUAGUUGCCAAAAGACUUAAAAAUUAUUCACUCCAAACCGAACCAGUCAUUAAUUACUAUAAGACACUGGGUAUUGUCGAAGACUUCAAAGGAAAUACGACCAAUGAAAUUUGGCCUAAAAUAAAAAAACAUGUCGCUGAGUUUAUUGCUGCUAACUAACUAACGUAUGAGUUUCCCCGGUGGAUUUCUUAUCACAAGUCACAGUCAAGAUAUUUUUAAGACAUCAAUUAAUUAAAUAGUACAAGUUAUUUUAUAGAUUUUAUUAUUAAUAGUAAUUUUUGUUUUAUUUAUCUAAAUGAAGAUCUAAUUUUCAUGAAGAAGUUAGUAGACGUUGGCAAAUUUCAGUAUCGUUAAUUUUCAGAGUACUUUGAUAGCCAAGUUAAUUUAUUAUUUAAUUAAUUAAUUACUUGACUACUGAAAUUGUAUUGAUUACUACUUACUAGAUAAUUUUUUAUUUUAAUUGAGUUUCAGUUUUGUGUUAAUUACUUUUGGUCAAAAAUUAUUUUUUAAGGCCAAAAAUAAUUAAGACUAAUUAGAAUUUAGUAAUUAAAACUCGUACUGGCUGACGAGUAAUUUUUUACAUAAAUUUUCAAUGUACAAAAAUAGAAAAAUUG